UACAAUGACGCACUGAGAGCAGACAGGACGACCAUGAUCACGGAUACCUUGAGGAAGCGAGUCAUGGUCAUGGACGGCGCCAUGGGCACGAUGAUUCAGCAGUUCGGUCUCGACGAGGCGGCGUAUCGGGGUUCCGAGUUCGCCAAUCACGAAAGGUCACUGCAAGGCGACAACGACCUGCUCAACCUGACUAGGCCCGACGUCGUUACGGAGAUACACAAGCACUACCUGGAGGCCGGCGCUGACUUCGUGGAGACAAACACUUUCAGUUCGACAUCCGUGGCCCAAGCUGAUUACGGACUGAGCCACCUGGCCUACUGUCUGAAUGUGGAAGGCGCCAGGUUAGCCCGGCAAGCCUGCCAACAGGUCGAAGCACAAACAGGCCUGCCAAGGUUCGUGUGCGGGGCGAUGGGACCGACCAACCGGACACUGUCGAUAUCUCCGUACGUCGACCGACCGGAUGAGCGCAACGUAUCUUUCGACGAGCUGAGCGCUGCCUACGUGGAACAAGUGCGCGGCCUCGUUGACGGAGGCGUCGAUGUGCUUCUCGUCGAGACUGUUUUUGACACGGCCAACAGCAAGGCGGCCUUGUUCGCGAUUCAAGAGUACUUCGAAGCAACUGGAAAAAGCCUCCCUGUAUUUAUUUCAGGGACUAUCGUCGACAAAAGUGGUCGAAAUUUGUCGGGCCAAACGUGCGAGGCAUUCGUGCUAAGCGUCAGCCACGUAAAGCCUCUGUGCGUCGGCCUCAAUUGCGCACUUGGAGCCAAGGAGAUGCGUCCGUACUUGAAGAACAUGUCUGUUUUCACUGAAGCAUACGUUAUCUGCUACCCUAAUGCUGGCUUGCCUAACGAGUUUGGUGAAUAUGAUGAGACUCCUGAAGACAUGGCAGACAGUAUAAAGGAGUUCGUCGAGAGUGGUUUGGUGAACGUGGUGGGCGGUUGCUGCGGCACGACGCCGGAACACGUUCGCGCAAUCGCAGAUGCUGUGAAGGGUCUGCGACCGAGGACGCCACCGGUGGGAGUGAGGAGACGCUGCCUCAGUCUGUCCGGACUUGAAGCGGUGAUAAUCACAUCAGAGACACUGUUUGUGAACAUCGGCGAACGCUGCAACAUUGCCGGAUCUCGAAGAUUCGCGGAGCUGAUUCGCCAGGAUAAAUACCAGGAUGCGCUUCAAGUAGCCAAGGAGCAAGUCGAGAUGGGGGCGCAGAUUUUGGACAUCAACGUCGACGAUGGCAUGAUUGACGGGGUGAAAGCGAUGACCAAGUUUCUCAACUUGAUUGCCAGCGAGCCUGCCGUGGCCAAGGUUCCUAUCUGCAUCGACUCCUCAAAUUUCGACGUAAUUCUGGCAGGGUUGAAGUGCAUCCAAGGAAAAGGCAUCGUUAACUCUCUCAGCCUUAAAGAAGGCAAGGAGGAGUUUCUCAGGCAGGCACUCGCGAUAAAAAAGUUUGGCGCCGCUGUGGUGGUCAUGGCUUUCGAUGAAGUGGGUCAGGCCACCGAUGAGAACCGCAAGGUGGAGAUAUGCACAAGGUCAUACGAAAUCCUUGUCCAGGAAGCGGGAUUCGACGCUAGCGAUGUGAUCUUCGAUCCUAACAUCCUGACUGUCGCCACCGGCUUGUCUGAGCAUGCCAAUUACGCAGUGGAUUACAUCAACGCCACUCGUCGAAUUAAAGCGACACUGCCGGGUGCUCGAGUUAGUGGUGGAGUGUCGAACCUGUCGUUUGCGUUCCGUGGUCACGAUCGCAUUCGAGAAGCGAUGCACAGCGUUUUCCUGUUGCACGCAAUUGAGGCAGGCAUGGACAUGGGCAUCGUCAACGCCGGAUGUCUUCCUGUGUACGACAGCAUAAACCCGGAACUUCUCGAGCUCUGCGAAGCAGUCGUCAUGAACACAGACCCAGACGGAACCGAGAAGCUUUUGGAAUACUCCAAGGGCUUAAGCAAUGAAGGCAACCGCAGAGAGGCUGAAGACAGCUGGCGGAACUCUUCUGUCGAGGAGAGGCUGAAGACAGCUCUAAUCAAGGGUUUGGACUCUCACAUUGAAGAAGACGUUGAGGAAGCCCGCAAUAGAAAGGACACUUACCCACUCACCCUGAAUAUCAUCGAGGGACCUUUAAUGACGGGCAUGAGCGUCGUCGGCGACCUGUUCGGCGAGGGCAAGAUGUUCCUGCCUCAAGUGAUCAAGUCUGCGAGAGUCAUGAAGAAGGCGGUCGCCUACCUGGUCCCUUUCAUGGAACGAGAGAAGGAGGAAGCGAGGAAGCUCCUAGGGAGUUCAGCGACAAACGAGGUUAGCCACUCCGGUGUCGUGGUUCUGGCCACGGUCCGGGGUGACGUGCACGACAUCGGGAAGAACAUCGUGGCAGUCGUCUUGGGCUGCAAUAACUUCAGGGUUAUCGACCUCGGCGUCAUGGUCCCGUGCGAGAGGAUACUGGAUGUCGUUCGAGAAGAGAAUGCUGACAUCCUUGGCCUGUCUGGACUGAUAACGCCGUCCCUGAACGAAAUGAUUCACGUGGCAACAGAGAUGGAACGGCAAAAGUUUGCCAUCCCCCUGCUUAUAGGGGGCGCGACGACAUCGAAGCGCCACACCGCGGUGAAGAUAGCGCCACGUUACCGCCAACCGGUGAUCUACGUUCCUGACGCUUCGAAAAGCGUCGUCGUGUGCACAUCCCUGCUGGACGCUAACAGAAGAAAAACACUUGUCGAAGACGUCGACGAGGAGUACGAAGAACUCAGGGAGGACUACCUGGACUCGCAAAGGGAAAGAAAGUACGUCUCCCUGGAAUACGCCAGGCAGAACAGACUUCGGCUGAACUGGAACACUGACUUCAUCCCAAUAAGGCCACAGUUCUUGGGCACGAAGAAUUUCCACGACGUCGACGUUGGAGAGCUGGUGCCGUUCAUCGAUUGGAAGCCGUUUUUCGACGUGUGGCAGCUGAAAGGAAAAUACCCGAACCAGCGGUACCCGAAGAUUUUCGAAGACGAUGACGUGGGCGAAGAAGCGAAGAGGUUGUUUGACGAAGCGAAUCAGAUGCUUACCGAAAUCGUUGACCGCAAGAUGCUCCAAGCUCGUGGUGUUGUGGGUUUUUAUGCAGCAAACAGUGUCGGCGACGACAUUUUCCUGUACACAGACGACGGCUUUCCCGGGAGACAAAGCGCCGGCACUUUGUUUGGACUUCGACAGCAGGCUGCGAAGAGUAAGGCUUCGCCCUUCUACUGCCUAUCUGACUUCGUGGCGCCCCUGGAAAGCGACGUCCAAGACUACGUCGGCCUCUUCGCAGUGUCCGCAGGAUUCGGAUGUGAGGAAGCGUGCGCUAGCUUCCGAAAGAACCACGACGAUUUCAAGGUUAUAAUGAUAGAGGCCCUCGCUGACAGACUGGCAGAGGCGUUCGCUGAAAUGUUACACGUCGAAGUAAGGAAAACUUACUGGGGCUACGCACCGCACGAAGCGCUGGAGCAAGCGGAGCUGCAUUCAGCCAGAUACAAGGGCAUCCGGCCGGCGCCCGGCUACCCUUGCCAGCCCGACCACUCGGAAAAGCUGACGCUGUGGCGCCUGAUGGACGUCCGGGGGGCCGUGGGCAUCGAGCUCACCGACACGCUGGCCAUGCGCCCUGCCGCGUCCGUCUGCGGUCUCUACCUGGCGCACCCGCAGGCCGCUUACUUCGCUGUCGGUCGCGUCACGCGCGAACAGGUUGAAGACUACGCUAGAAGAAAAGGCACUACGUUCGACGAAAUACGAAAGUGGUUGGGCCCUAUACUGGACACAGAUUGAGGCAUAGAUUAGACCGCUGGAUCAUAGAAUCAACGGCUUGUUACGAAGCCGAGUGUAGUGGUCGCCUGUCGGCUAGAAGUCAAGUGUUGCUAAAACGGAGACUCAGUGUGGGGAUAAGAUUGUGUAGCAUGCAUGCAUGAGCUGUCAUCUGAACGCAUAUGUUUACAGUUCAUUGCCACUAUCUCACUAGUCACCUACCCACGUGUCCAUCAGCCAACUGUUCAUCUUCAGACUGAUUUCUUUCAAUCCUCGCUCGCUCGCUGGCUCGCUCGCUGAUUCACUCAUUCACUCUCAAUCACUUGCUCAUUCACUCACUACCACAGACUCACUCAUUCACUCACUCACUCGCUCACUCACUCUUGCUCACUCAGUCAUUAACUCUCAAUCACUCACUCCUUCGCUGGCUGGCUGCCUGGCUCGCUCACUCGAAGUAAGCAUUCACCCAGUCAGUUAGUGUGUCGGUUAACGACAUAGUCGUUUUUUUACUCACUCGAUCGGUCGGUUUAUAAGUUAACCACUGCACUAGUGGUGACUUACGAACUACAUUUCCGCUUUCUUUAACGUAUCACUAUAGCAACAUAGACAUGCCCUUAAGAAAUCUCUUCAUGUUUCAACAGAAAUUUCGUAUUUACGUAGACCCUAUGUUUCCUGCGCUUUCAAUAUAUGGAUAUCGAUGCCUUCCCGUCGUUCUGCCGAGGCCGAAACGUUUUUGCUAUAGACUACAGACUAUACAUUACGAACCUAGAAACCCGGAAUCACGCUAAGCUGGCACGUGAUGCGAAUUAAGGGGUUCUCCUACAGAGGUGAAAGGGAAAGAAAUAAAGGUUAUCUGUUGCCCUUUGUAAGCACAGACGUUGCACUUCCUAAUAGUUACCGUUUACGGCAGCGUCGCACCAACUACUCGCUGCGCAGCGAAUGCUACGCAUGUCUCGUCAGCCAGUUAUGGACAAGGAGCGGGAGUGUGUACCGGUCCAUGGCCCGCCGAAAAUCUUCCCGCUACGCGACGCUGGUUAGGUAGAUCAGAAGAGGAUUAGCGGAAGACAAAUGUGACAUACGUACUUGGUUGGAGACACACUCGGCUUCUCCUCAUACCUGGUUUACUGACGUUACCCUUAAGAGCAACUCUGGCGAUCUUUCCAUGUCCAGUGACCUUAAUUAAACUUUGAAUAUUCGUUCUCUUUUGCACUCUGAUUAUCUGUGCCAAAAGGAAUGACCGCAAGUCAUUUAGUCUUCCUGAAAAUGAAUUUCAAGAAUUGGUUGCGUGUUCCCGACUUACGUCCACGAAUGAAUGCUUUUACUUGUCGCCAUGUGUUUGUGAUGUCAGAGUGUACACCGCCAGUUCGCCCAGGAACGACGAAGCUGGUUCCUUUGUUUCUGCGGGGCAACGGCCGCCAAUCAUUUGAAGACGACAAUAUCUCAAUACGAUUAAAAAAACGCCGGUGUUGCCUUUUAACGUUUGGCGCUGUACGCGGUCGAGGCGGUGCAAAGUGCGCCCUACCUUCCGUCCACAAAGCUUGUAUCUGCUACUUAAACUCCAUACUCUAUCCCACCCACCAUAGAGUUUCUCACUAUAUCAUAAUGAGAAACUCUAUGCUGUCCGCAAUGCGGUGGUGCCACUUUCGAUAAAGAAGCUUCGUUGGCCAACGCUCCCCCACAGGCAAACCCGUUUCUGCUCUUACCUGCCGUUUAUUGGCCACUAAAGUGUAUAUAGUAGGCGAGUGUCGUUAUUUGAAAAAAAAAAAUGUCGGAAAACAAAAACAUAUGAAUGCAUUCUUUAAUAGAUGAAGAUGACAGGCAGUGUAGAGUC